GUUAUAAUUCAAUUUAUAGUUUGUUGUUUGGUUAUAUAGUGGUAGUGAGCGUUUUUGUUUUUCACUAUGGCUGACAAGAUCAUUGAUGUUGACACAAUUUUAAAAAAUGACCCGAAUAUAAAACAGGAGGAUAUAAAGAGCAUGCGAGAAUGGUUGGAGAAACAACCGCAUUUGCCGGAAAUAACAGAUUUGCAAAUAAUACUUUUCCUGCAAUGCUGCUACUACAGGAACGAGGCAGCCAAAAUCGCCUUGGACAACUGUUUCACCAUCAAAACUCUAUGUCCGGACAUUUUUGCAAACAGGGAUGCCAAUCACAAGGACCUGAACUUAGCUCUAAACACCACAUUAGUAACGACAAUGCCCAAAAAAACUCCUGAAGGUUACUGCGUUGUGUACACAAGAUUGGUGGACUGUAAUUCCGACAAUUUUGUACUCUCCAGUCAUAUCAAAUACAUGGACAUGGUUGCCACCCAUCAUUUAUGUACGGAGGGCCCAUGCAAGGGCCUAGUUAUCAUCAACGACAUGGAAGGUGCUGUGGUCGGGCAUCUAACAAAAGUUAACAUCAUUGUAGCUAAAAAACUGAUGUACUACUUACAGGAAGCUAUGCCUGUUAGACUAAAGGGCAUACAUUUAAUUAAUGUGGUGUCUUGGGUAGAUAAGCUCGUGGCCAUGUUAAAACCUUUCAUGAAAAAAGAACUUUUUGAAUUGUUGUGUAUACAUCCUAAAGUAGACGACGCACUAUUAAAAGUUGUAUUCAAAGAAUGUCUACCAAAAGAACUUGGUGGUACUGAGACAAUCGCAGCUCUACAUGAAAAAAUCAAGAAAGCCAUUCACAACAACACGGAACUCUUCAAAAAAGAAGAAAUGCAGAAAGUUGACGAAACCAAACGCCCAGGAAAAGCAAAGAAUGUGGGAGAAAUUUUUGGUAUUGAAGGAACAUUUAAAAAACUCGAAGUUGAUUAAAAAUUGUUAUUUAUAACACUAUUGUCACUUAUGUUAUUGAAUAAAUGUUAUUUACUUGACU